AUCGGCGGAGAUAGUGUGGAUUCCCCUGUAAAUAUUUUGAAGAUCGGCUUCCUUAAUGAGAACGUCGAAACCCUGCUGGAUACCUACAUGGAUAUCUAUGAUAUAGUUCUGACAGAGGAUCCAACGUUUAAGAUACCGUUGGAAGUGCUGAACUGCAUCGUCCAGUCGGAAUCGCUCGACGUCAAAAAGCGUCAGCGACAUCGGACCUGCAGUACAGAAGCUCAGUCCCUUUUAACGCAGUCCCUUCCACUGCCCAACGCACAUUGA